AUGUUGAACCGUUUAUUUAUAUCAAAAAAUGCGUAUCUCAAGGACACUUUAGCCCUGAAAUACCAUAGAUAUCUGAUAUCCAGCCAGCACAAGAUCAGACAUUUUGCAACCUCACAGUACAAUCUUGCUGCCAAAGAUCCACAUCCUGAUAAUGUGCCCAAAGGAUUCGAGAGCUUCUUCAACAAGACUCGCAAAAAGUGGGAUAAUAAAUCUUCUUUCCAGCCAAAUCAAUUCAAGCAGGACAAAGGCAACGACAGCAAACCGCCGCAACCACCCAACAAGAACAACGGCUAUGUUACAUUGGCCCCGAUUCUUGCGAUUUCCAUCUUUCUGUGGACUCUCUUAGGUGUCAGCAAUAGUAAAGGGGGCUUUAGAGAAGUGACAUUUCAAGACUUCAAGACCAAUUUGCUGGAGAAGGGGCUUGUCAAGGAGCUCAGCGUGAUGAACAAGAGCUAUGUUCAAGUGGUAUUAAGGCCAGAAUCCAAGUCUUACCUAGCAGAAAACUCCAAUGCCAUCUUCUAUUUCAGCAUUGGAUCUGUGGAUCAGUUUGAGCGUCAAAUGGAGAGUUGUCAAGACAAGCUAGGUAUACCGGACAAUGAGCGCAUCCCUAUCUCAUAUCAUACUAUCGGAAGUCUUGCCAAUACCUUGGCUCAAUUUGUGCCUACACUACUGCUCAUCGGGUUCUUUAUCUACAUGGGCCGCCGUGCUUCAGGUGGUGGCGGCUUGGGUGGUCCUUCUGGUGGCAUCUUUGGCAUUGGUAAAAGCAAAGCUAAACUAUUUGACAAGGAAUCGCAAGUGAGUGUCAAAUUCAAGGACGUUGCAGGUGCUGAUGAAGCCAAGGAGGAAAUCAUGGAGUUUGUCAAGUUUUUAAAGAAUCCCAAGCAAUUUGAAAAACUCGGUGCUACCAUUCCCAAGGGCGCUAUCCUGUCUGGUCCUCCUGGUACAGGUAAAACGCUGUUGGCCAAAGCGACUGCUGGGGAAGCUGGUGUCCCAUUCCUGAGUGUGUCUGGCUCAGAGUUUGUAGAGAUGUUUGUCGGUGUUGGUUCAUCUCGAGUGCGAGAUUUGUUUGCUACAGCAAAGAAGAAUGCACCCUGCAUCAUCUUUAUUGAUGAGAUUGAUGCAAUCGGAAAAACAAGAGGCAAAGGAGGACAGAUGGGCGGAGGCAACGAUGAGAGAGAAAGCACGCUGAACCAGCUGUUGGUAGAAAUGGAUGGCUUCAAUUCUAGUGAUCAUGUCGUAGUACUGGCAGGCACAAAUCGACCCGACGUCUUAGAUCCAGCGCUGCUUCGACCUGGACGUUUUGACCGGCAUGUUGUUAUAGAUAAGCCUGAUAUUGCUGGUAGAGCAGAGAUAUUCAAGGUGCAUUUGAAGCCAAUCAAGACACAAGUGAACAUGGAACAGCUCUCUCGCAAGCUGGCUGCUCUCACCCCCGGCUUCUCCGGUGCUGAUAUCCACAAUGUCUGUAACGAAGCCGCUCUUAUUGCUGCACGUCAUGCCAAAGAGGAAGUAGACGAGAAAGACUUUGAAGAUGCUAUUGAACGUGUCAUUGCUGGACUGGAGAAGAAGUCGAGAGUGCUUUCUCCUGAAGAAAAGAAGACGGUUGCCUAUCAUGAAGCUGGACAUGCUAUUGCCGGUUGGUAUCUCAAGUACGCCGAUCCUCUUUUAAAGGUAUCUAUACUACCAAGAAGUUCUGGCAGCCUUGGUUACGCUCAGUACUUGCCCAAGGAUCAGUAUUUGUACUCCAAGAAGCAACUUUUCGAUAGAGCCUGUAUGACAUUAGGUGGCCGUGUGUCAGAGGAGAUCUUUUUCGACUCAAUCACAACGGGUGCUCAUGACGACCUGCAAAAGGUGACAAAGAUGGCUUAUGCUCAAGUUACUGCUUAUGGUAUGAAUGAUAAGGUGGGCCCUAUCUCAUUCACUGAUCCGCAGAAUGAGCAGCAAUUCCAAAAGCCAUUCUCUGAGGAAACAGGCACACUGAUUGAUAACGAAGCGAGGAAGAUAGUUCUGAAUGCGUAUGAGCAUACCCGCAAGCUGCUGACUGAAAAGAAGGACGACAUUGAGAAGGUUGCUAAACUGUUAUUGAAGAAGGAGGUUCUGACGCGUGAUGAUAUGGAGCAGUUGCUCGGUAAAAGACCUUUCAAGGAGUUUACUGUGUAUGAUGAAUAUGUAAGAAAAAAGACGAUAUCGCCACCACCAUUUCCUGAAGAUAGCUCCCCUGAUAGUGUGGAUGAUGGCAAAUGA